CCAACACAGGGACACAGUUACCUGUGGACCUCGGACAGAGGUUCGCUCACAAAAUGGCGAGUGAAGACCAAAACGAAGAUGAUGUUUGGGAUUUACGUUUGCGACAGGAAGAAGAAGAUGACUUUUUCACCGAGUUAGCUUUGCAUGAAACAGAACGUUGGAUUUCUGCAGUUACAAGGAAGAAGUUCCAGUAUCCUGACGAUUUUCGGAAGUCUCUGGAAAAUGGUGUGCUGUUAUGCGAAGUACUGAACACCAUCAAACCAGGAUGCAUCAGGCGGAUCAACAAGUUACCCGGGCCGAUAGCAGGACUGGACAACAUCAAUGUUUAUCUGCAGACCUGCCGGAACAGCUUCCAUUUGAAGGAGGCUCACCUGUUCGACUGCACAGACCUUGAGGAUCUGUCCCAGAGGGCAAUAUCUGAUUCAGAACACAUCUUAAAGCAGGAGUCUGACAGGCGAGCGAGAAAUGUAGCUAUUGGGAUCUAUUGGCUCGGUAAAAGUGUCUAUAGUACUUUUUCUGGACCACAGCUAGACUUUAGUGCUUUCACACCGCUGGUGCACCACAAUGGAAAAGACAUAAUAUCAGAGGAGCACUUUCAACACGACAGUUGUGUGUUUGAGGAUCAGUCAAGUUCCUAUGGGUCCCAUGGAGGUGUAGGACAGUCAAUUGAAAACAAACACAUACGAGAUAGCGCAUACGACUCGUACGGAUCUCUGUCUAACUCUCGUGAGUCUGAAUUAAGUUUUUCAUUAGAAGAAACAAACAUGCCAGGCGUACAAAUGCGUAGAGCUGAUAGUACCUCAUCUAUAAACAGAAGCGGUGAAUUCUCACUGGCAAGACAUUUCGACGAUGAUUCCCUGUACCAGAGCACUCCCGACUUAUCGAACAGAAACAGCCAUACGCGUACAUCUUCCACGGACAGUAUGGACGGACAUUCCCGUCAUUCGUCGGAGAGUACAAAUGUUUCCAUACCGACACGUUCGCAAGAAAGGAAAACCAGCACCGCCAAUGCCAAUCCUUUACAGUUCGUGAAAGUGAACUCUUCCGAUAACUUGGCCAAAGUAGCAACCAUGCAAAUCAAAAUUUCUGAAGAAGUGAAAAAGGUUCGCACGAAAAUUGACAGCGAUGAACAAGAAUGGCAGUCGCCAUGGGCCAGUGACCAAGCUGAGGAUUGGAAAGCAAAUUUCAGUGACUGGCGAAAUAAACGAAGAAGAAAGUCAGAAGCACAACUACAGAGGGUGGAGGAAACAGAUAAAAAUGUGAAGGAGGAAGAGGAGAAGAAACAAGUAAAAAGCUAUGGACAGAUGGUAGAGGAAAGGGAGAGAAGGAAGAGUACUGGCACAUUCCUGAAGAAACCGAUGUCCUUUUACCCUGUUGAUGAUGAUGACGACCUUUUCACCCCUGUUAAGACCCCAACCAGUGCUGCACCAGUAGAGGAAGUACUAGAAAAAAAAUCAUCUCAAAAGGUAGAGGCAUCUGUGCGUGGAAGGACAAAAGCUCCACCUCUAUCACAGAAGAACAGAUCGGGUUCCCUUGGAAGUGACGAGACAUAUAUCAACUAUGAUGACACAAAGAGAGCAUCAUGGGCUGCUAGUGAAUCAAGUGAUGAAGAGUCAAACAAGAAAGAUAACUCUGUAGAAUUGGACAGAUUAAAGAACACCAGUGAAAAUACACAAAAAGUAAAGUCAAAUGUACGGAGUAAUGUGUUAGAUAAUAAUGACAAUUCAUGGAGAAAAGACCCUUCACCUCAAAGGAAGUCGGGACUAACAGGGGCUGGUACCCCUACCAAGUCUACUGGAAAACUGACAAAUUUGUUGAAAAGCUUCGAACAAAAGGAAGAGGAAGCAAAAGGAAAAAGGUUCAGUGAAGUGCAUAAGGAUUAUAACAGAUCUGGAUUGUCCCGAUCAUUUGACCUUCCAAGUUCUAGUUUUAGUUUUUCGGCCAAAGAUAAAGCAGAAAAAACUCCUGUGAGAUCUACCAUUACAGACAAAACCGUUCCCGUGCCAACUAAGGCGUCAGUUGAAAAAACAAUAAAGAUUAGUCAAAAACCAAACAAUAAAAAAGGAUUUGGAUUCACGUUAUCAGGUGGUGUUGAUAAACGAGAGCCAAUAACCGUACAAAAGGUCUCACUUGGAAGUGCAGCAGACGUUUGCGAAGUACAACAGAAUGAUAAAAUUCUGGCUAUAAAUAAACGUGACAUCUCGGCACUGGCUCAAGCCCAGGUACAGAGGCUGAUAGAGGAAGCUGUUCGUCAUGGUCAGAUAGAGCUCAAGGUCAAACGCAGCAUCAGUGACGGAGAUGAUGAAGAUGAUGAAGAUGAUGAUGAUGAUGCUUUUGUUGCCACAUCUCCAACAUCGCCUGUUCCUAAAUUGGCCUCCGCACUGUCUCCUCGGACACGUGGCUCCUCAGGCUCUUCUGCCUCCUCCACUGGAUACAACUCCACCAGCAAGUCAUCAUCCGGGUAUGUGAGCCCUUCGUCUGGAGACAGAUAUAGGCCUGGUACUCGAACAGAAAACCGCUACGGUUCAAUGUCACCGAUUCGGUCACAGACUACACGUAAUCCAUCACCUGGUGCUAUUAAAACUGAUUCAUAUCGACGGAGUGCUUCCCCUGUUGAAAAUAGGAACACCAACUCAUCCGUGGCUGGUCACAGAAGUAGUUCCCCUUCAAUGAACCAACACAAAAGUUCAUUACAGAGAGAAAAUUCUCCACUGGGUAGCCGAAAUACACCCAGCUCAGCUUCACUCAAUCGCCGUGAUCCAUCACCCGUGACAACCAGGAAGGCAUACCUCCAGGAGGACAGAACAGGGUCACCUCUACAGAGGUCAUCACCAUUGUUUAAGUCUCCUUCAGACGACAGCCCCAGUAGGCCUUUAGAUAGCAAGAUAUUCCCUACCUUUGCUGAAUUAGCUCAGUUGGAGGAGGAAACAAACAACAAUGAGGUCAAAGUUGAUAAUUACAAGACGGAGCUCAUUAAACCUCCAAGCCCAGUGGGCAAUGACAGUGGCAUCGACGAGACAAUUAAACCAGUCAAAAAGGAAAUGGAUUUCAGUAGGCCACCUGUCCAACGGGAUGUGAAAGCACCGGAAACAGAAACGAGCCCGAAAGAGGAAGUGACUAUUUCCACCCGUCAAACCAUCACGGUGAAGAAAAAAGAGCCGCCAGAAGUGAAAAGUAGUUAUAAAUGGGAGCCUCCAGCAUCCCCUCCAGUCAGUGCGUCUCCUCCUCCAGCUGUUGAGGAAGACGAUGGAGGGGGCGGACCCCCAGCAAUACUACGACGUUGGCAACAGCGAAAGCCCCGCCCCCAGUCGGCCUACUCAGCCUACCCUGCAUUUGAACCACCUAAGGAGGAAAAGCGGUUGAGUGGAUCUUUUUCUUGGGAGUCUUCUAUCAUUGACUCGGACAAAAAGGGCGAUUCAGACAUAGAACCCCAAGUGAUAAAACUGGACCACCAAGAGAACAACACUGUGCCGCCACCAAAGACACAAGUAGGUCAACCGGUCACUUUAGAAAUUCCUGACCAUGAGACUCCAGCCACCAAACCAUCUGUUGUCUCAUCCUAUAAUUCAGGGCUGCUCCAGAUCGACCCACGAAACCAGGUCACCGAAAAUGACGUUAAUCUACCCGAAUACAGCUUCCAUGUGAACAUCAACAAACCAGAGCCAAGAACAUUAGCAAGUCCUGUUACUAUUGAACGAGAACGUGAGCUGAUUAGACAGGAGGAACAGAAGAUUCUAGAGGCACAAAAGAAACAAUGGGAAGAGGAAGAGACCAGGAGGAUAAAGGAGAAAGAAGAGGAGCUACAGAGACAGGCAGAGAUUUUACAACGAGAAAAGGAAAAACUAAAAGAAGAACAACAACGCAUGCAAAAAGAGAGAGAAGAACUGGAGCGCAGUCGGAAAAAUCAAAUUGAAGCCAAAGAAAACAAACCAGAAACCAGAGUCUACCAACCCCACCAGAACAGUAACCCAAAGUCUCAGUUUGCUACCUCUGUAAACACUGACAGCAAACAGUCACUACGAAAACUAGAUCUAACAUGGCCGCCUCAAAAGGAAGAGCCUGCACCAAGACAAAAACUGACACGAGAAGAUAUGUUAGCGAUGAAUAGGAGAGCUACUCCUCUUCAACGGAAACCUGAAAUAGAGGUCAAUUCUACGGAACCUUCUAAGACAAAAGAUUUCACUUCUAGAGAUGCACCUACCAAAAAUGACCUUCACAAUCUGACCGCAGUUCCUAAACAAAAGUAUCGUGCUUCUAGUAAUUGGAUGAAGGAAGAUCAACAACCGCAAAAGACAUUUUCGAAAUCGAGAUCUGAUAAUAAUAGGUCUAGUCCAAACUUACAUGAACACUGGCUAGUAGAGGAAGCCGAACGUCGGCGCAAGGCAACAGCCCAUCAAAAUUCUCACAGUGCCGCAAUUCAACCAGUGUCUGAUGGAAUUGUUAAUCGCUGGCGUGACGAUUCUUUCUUGCCAAAGCAACAGGCAUCUAUUAAUGCACAGGGAAAUAACUUAACACAACCGCGAUCGUUGUCUAGCAAUGUGAGUCAAAAUCAUGGACUAGAUAAUCGUCAUUACGUGCCAGCAUCACAGAAUACCAAAACUUUGUCUCAAACAUUACCGCAAAACUUCAACUACAGUAGUCUGAGCCCCAAAAACAGGGGUGACCCUUACGCUCCUCCAAAGCCCACGCGAAACUCUAGUUCAUCUACAACAUCAUCUAUCUCAUCUCCCUCAUCCCCUCUCAAUCCUUCAGAGCAGUUCAUGGCCGUCAGUGGCAAGCAGGCAUGCUCAUACUGUGACCAGGAACUUGGUUUUGGUGCUGCCAUGGUCAUCGAAUCCCUGGGCUUGUAUUACCAUGUACAAUGUUUCCGAUGUUGUGUGUGCCACACGGCCCUCGGCAACGGUUCCCAAGGCGCUGACGUACGAGUGCGGGUCAACAAACUGCACUGUCGGAAUUGCUAUAGUAACGAUGAAGGACAUUUAAGAUCAGAAUAUAUGUACAACAGGGUGAUAUAACUGGACUGAAGUUCAGUAAAGUCUGACAGCAGUUUAUUCCAAAAAAUGAGGAUCACCAUGACAACAUAAUCGUUCACCAGCCUUCCACUGACAUAUGACUCCAAACAUGAUAGUACAUUAUACUGUUGAUUCCAAUAACAUAAGUGCCUAUAUUGAUUUCAGAGUAUUUUAUUCAUAUACUCCCAUAAUACAAUGUGUAAGGAAUAUUAUCCGACCAAUAGCCUCAUCUUUUAUGGAGAAUAUUGACUGUACAUGUAUUUACUAAUAAUUACAUAUUUGGGUCGUUAGAAUUGGCUCUUCCUAAUGAGACUCCAUACCCUCAAAAUCAGACAUUGUCACCUUGUCAAAUGUGUCCUGCUACGGAUUCUUCAAAAAUAUUUGAUAGUGGCAAAUAUGGGGUAAGGAUGUACCAGGAGAGCUAAUCUCGACCACACUUUAAAUAAAUCUUAUGGAUAAGAUCCUCAAAUUAAGUUCCGUAUCACAGCAACUGGAAUGAAUUUUGAUCAUUAAGGAUUGAAUAACAUAUCUAUAUAUUUAUACAUUUACUUUUAUAUAAAAUUCUUAUACAACAUUCCACUUAAUAUGAGAAUAUAACAAUUUUGUACAGUUGAUGAAAUUAUAUAUUUCACUUAAUUUGAGAGAUAAAAUUAUUUUGUACAGUUGAUAAAAUAAAAUAAUUCACUUGAUUUGAGAAGAACGAUUUUGUACGGUGUGUAAAAUAAAAUAUGCCACUUAAAUGAGAAGAUAAUGUUUUUGUACAGUUAAUAAGAUAAAAUAUUCCACUUUAAUUGAGAAGAUAAUGAUUUUGUAUAGUCGAUAAGAUAAAAUAUUCCACUUCAAUUGAGAAGAAAAUGUUUUUGUACAGUUGAUAAAAUAAAAUAUUCCACUUUAUUUGUCAUAAUGAGAAGAUUUUUUGUAGAUAUGUAUUAUAUGUGUACAGUAUGUAUAUAGUAUAUAUUUUCGUAAUGUAAAUAUGUAUAUUUUGCGCCAGAGAUAAUUGUACGAUAUAUAAAAUAUAUAUAUUAAACUUAUAUUAAAGCAACCAAGCCUUUAACCACAACCUUCCACCAUUUAAAUAAAUUCAUAAAUAUCAUGUAUACAUAAAAUGUACCGUGCUAAAAUUAAACACAGACUGAUUAUUUAUGUAUCCAAUGUAAUGGUAAUACAAUUUUUUUUUUUUUUUUUUGUAAAUGUAAUCCAAUUAUAGACAAGACCUCAUCCAAUAUGUAUCUUUCAACAUUGGUCGUGUAAAUGAAGAAAUAUUUGAAAUAAUCCAAAUAAAAAAAUUAUUUGAAAAUAAAUUAAGUAUAUUUAAUCAAGUUGUGUACAUACGUGUACUGUCAGGGCGAUAAAACCAUAUAAGUAAAAAUUCUGUCUUCUGAGUAUAUUGCUACACCCAGAAGCUGAAUGGAUGUACAUGUGUUUAUGCAUGUACAUAAUGAUUGGCAGAAAAGUUCGAACAGGUCCCUCAUGCCCUCUUAGUUGAAUUGUCAAUUUGUGGUUUUAGUAAUCAUUUGAAUUACAAAAGUAAACCGAAUGUAUACUGUCACAUUAAAAAUGUUAUUUACAGACAAAUACCUUGCUCGCUCAGAGUGAAUUGUAUGUUUUUGACAGCCGAUAUUAAUUAAGAUGCAUUUGUUAAUUAAACAAGUCUUAAUGUUUACAUUCUAACCUGUGUUCAUACAAAUACCCAGGAGAGUUUUACUCAAAUCAUUAGUUCCAGCAAUUAGCAUAUUUGUGUGGGCGGAUGCAAUUAUUUUUUCUUCACUGUAUAAUGAUAAUUUAUGUUAGACAAUGUAUGUGAUUAAUUAAAACUUAUUUAGGACAACACCCAGUAAGCGGGGCAAAAUAACUGAUCUACUAACUUUAAGAUUGUACAUUUAAUUAGCAUCUCUUUUGAUAAACUGAUUUAAUUAAGUUGAUGAUAGACGUUAUAACAAAGGUAGAUAUUUUUCGUGAUUAAGUAUAGAUAUGUACCAGUAUGUCAUAUUACAGAAUGUUUAUUCAUCAAAGUCAAAUUAAUUUUGUGAUAUUUUUGCCAUGGUUUGACACAUCUGUCGUCUACUUAUGUGUUUCUUCCACAAAGAACAAAUGUCAAAAUUUUGUUUGUCAUUUGAAAUCAAAUAAGUCUGCCUACCCAAUGUCAGAUUUAUACAAGACAGUUUCGUAAAUUUUUACUAGACUGAAUAGUUAAUCAAAUCAAUUAAUAUACCUCAUAUAAAAAUAGCAAUCAGACUUGUUGUUCAAACAUCAAUAAAUGCUGCCAUUUAAUUAAAAUAGUAUUCAUGCAUAGGCAAGCGAAAUUACCGUUGAGCGAUACAAGCCCUUUUGGCCUCUUGUGUUAGUAUUUAUUCAAUAUUACUCCCACAGGCAUGUCUUAUAUUUACAUUGCAAAGAUGUAUAUCUACAUAUCAGUAAUAUGCAAUAGGAGAACAAUUCUAGCUUUAAGAAAUAUAUGGAGAAUAUUAAAGAAAACUAAUGUUUUCAAUAAUUUACUUGUAUUUAAAUGUUUGUACUAUCCCAUGCUUGAAUAUGUGCUUAAAAAUUCAUUUCAAUGCAAUAUCUGCCUGUUACUUAGACAAAACAAGUUAAUCCCACUGUACCCUUGGUUUGGUAGUGGAAAGCUUAGAAUUCGUAUCCACUUAAAUGAAAAGUUUAUACUACAAAAAUUAUUUUGUCUCAUUUUGCAAAUAAAUAUUUUGUUUAAUAAACACCCAAGAUUUCACAGUGAUAGUUUUGGAGGUAUUGUUUCACAUUUAUUGAAUUUUCAUUAUAUUUAUUUCAAAUUUAAACUGAUAGCUAUGUUUUAUUUUAAACCAGUAAUAUAGAAAUGUAAGAGGCAUUCUGCUGUCCUAUAUUAUAUCACCUGAUGUAUUGUUUCUAUAAAAUAUAAUACAAUGUAACUUGUACAUGAAAUCAUUAAAGCACUAACAUUCUUGCAAUACGGCAAACUGAAA